AUGGCGCUCAACGGCGGCGGCGUCCGGUCAGAGUCAGAUAUUGCGAGAGGGCAGCGACCAGACACUAUUGCAGUCCAGACCACGCCAGCCCGUGCGGUGCAGUCGAUGGCGCAUUGGCAGUGGGGCUCGAAGCUUACAGGCCACUGCACGCAAGUACAGCCCGUGAGGCCAAAGCUCGAGCCUCGAGAGUCGACAAUGGCGCCGCAAGGCGCUAUCCAUGCAUAUACAUGCCAUGCCAGUGCCCACGGACCCAGCAUAGCAUUCAUCGAGGGUGCGGAGUUCGAUGAGACUGCACUGUAG